UAACGGUUUAACCAGGUAUAUUCUUUAUGUUCCAGGUUUUAUGAAAGGUUUAAUAUACCAUCUGCGAUAGGGUGUAUUGAUGGUACACAUGUAGCCAUCAUUAGGCCAUCAGAAAAUGAGGAGAGAUUUUUUAACCGCAAACAUUUCCAUUCAAGGAAUGUUAUGAUUAUAAGUGAUGCAGAUUUAAUGAUUCUGUCAGUAGAUGCUUCAUAUGGAGGGGCAUCACAUGACAGUUUUGUAUGGAAUCAGCAUCCUGUGAAACAACACUUAAUUGAUUUUAAUAAUAAUGGAGAAAAUGUAUUUUUACUAGGUGAUUCUGGAUAUGCACAGAGGGAGUUCAUGAUGACACCAAUUAUUGAUGCUCCUCAGGGUUCACCCGAAGAAUAUUACACCAAACUGCAUUGUACGGCACGGAAUACAGUGGAGCGUACCAUUGGUGUAUUGAAAAAUAGAUGGAGGUGCUUACUCAGGCAUAGGGUGUUACAUUACCACCCUGAUGUAGCAGCUAAAAUAAUAAAUGCAUGUUGUGUGUUACACAACAUGUGUUUAAAUAGGGUAGAUGAAUAUCUUGAGGACAAUACAGCUGAAAAUGAAAAUGAUUACCAAGAUGUCACUGCCCAAGAAUCUUCUGGUAGUAACACAGCUGCUGAACUAAGACGAGGUAUCGAAAAGAGAAAUGCUUUAGUUCAGCAGUUGUGGGCGAGCAGAAGGUAAAUGUUUUUAUUUUAAAUUUGUAUUUGGCUUUUUUUAAUCUAUUGUAUUUUUUUAUCAUUUCUGUCUUUAUUAUA